AUGGUUUCCUUAGUGCAAGAUGAUCCAAAAGAAAUUAAACACCUUUUGCGCACCAAAUUACCAAUAAAAGAUGAUGAUAUAUUCAAAUCUGUUGCACUUCCUGGAACUGAUACCAAAGGAUAUACAGCUAUCUAUAGGAAUGCGCAUUAUCCUGAUUCAUUAGUAGAUUAUGUGCAUCCUUCUUUGACCACGAUAUAUGAGAUAUUUGAAUAUUCAGUGUCUAAUAACCCAAAAAGGCCAUGCUUCGGUACAAGACACAAGCAAUCUGAUGGAUCUUAUGGACCAUAUGUCUUUGAAGACUACGAGACUGUUGCCAAGAGAACCACUAAUUUUGGAUCUGGAUUGUUUUUUAUUUUGCUUAACAAUCCAUUUAGAAAUGAAUCAGCUGCUCAUGCUAAAAUCGAAAACUACCUUAUAAACCAUGAGUCAUUUGUUGUAACUAUUUUCUCUGCUAAUAGGGCAGAGUGGACAAUUACUGAUUUAGCAUGCGUACGUUACUCUUUAACAAAUACCUCAUUAUACGAGAGUUUGGGAGGAGGAACUACAAAGUAUAUCCUUAACUUGACUGAAAGCCCCGUUUUGGUAUGUUCUAAAGACAAGUUGAAGUCCAUCAUAAAAUUAAAGGCUGAAUUUCCAGAGGAAUUAUCAAGUUUAAUAUCUAUUGUGUCAAUGGAUCCGUUACAAUUAGAUAACCCUCUUUCCGAGGACUAUGAAUUAACGAGACUAGCUAAUGAAGCUAAGUUGACAAUUCAUGAUAUGAAAGCUGUCGAGAAAUUAGGUGAGAUCAAUAGAAUCAGGGAAAUCCCCCCAUCCCCGCUGACAACUUACACCAUUUCGUUUACUUCUGGAACCACAGGUUCACAUCCCAAAGGAGUUGUCUUGAGUCAUUUGAAUGCCUCAUCUUCUAUUGUUUUUGGUCUUCUGAAUUUACAACUAACAGAAAAUCCGGUAAUGUAUUCGUUUUUACCAUUGGCUCAUAUUUACGAAAGGAUGAGCAUUCUUUUAGCUUACUCCCAGAGUGCGGCUAUCGGUUUUCCUCAAUCUGCCUCACCAUUGACUUUAAUUGAUGAUAUCAAGCUAUUGAGGCCACAUAUUUUAUCAUUAGUGCCUCGUGUCUAUACUAGAUUAGAGGCCUCAAUUAAAAGUCAGACAGUGAAUAAUUAUGAAAAGCCACUUUUACAAAAGUUGUUCAGCUCAGCCAUCAAUAAAAAAAGGGAGCUUCAGGCUGCUGCUGAUAAUGCUGAAGGUCGUCACUUAAUCUAUGAUCGCAUUACAGGGUUGAUGCGUAAGAAGCUCGGAAUGGAUAGGCUUAAAACCUUCACCUCAGGUUCUGCUCCUAUAUCACCAGACACAGUAAGAUUCCUCAGGGCAGCUUUAAAUACUGGUUUUCGUAAUGGGUAUGGCUUGACGGAGUCAUUCGCCGGAAUUGCAGUUUCAAGGGAAUAUGAGGCAAAUCCAGGAUCAUGUGGUCCAAUAGGAGCCUCUGUCGAGAUGAGAUUGAGGGACAUUCCUGACAUGAACUAUUAUUCAACUGAUGAAGGUGGUCCGAGAGGUGAAUUAUUAUUGAGAGGAAAUCAAAUAUUUUCCGAAUAUUACAAGAGUCCAGAAGAAACAGCAAAGGCAUUUGACGAAGAUGGGUGGUUUAAAACGGGGGAUGUUGCUAGGUUUGACGAAGAUGGUCAAAUUUACAUUAUUGAUAGAGUAAAAAACUUUUUUAAGCUUGCUCAAGGUGAAUAUAUUUCUCCAGAAAAGAUUGAAAAUGCUUACUUGUCUUCUUUUCCUGUUGCUUCUCAAGUCUACGUUCAUGGCGAUUCUUUGAAAACUCAUUUAGUUGCUAUUGUAGGUCUUGAUCCAGAAACCAUUGUGCCAUUCGUUAAAAAGUAUUUUGGCGUUAAUGUCACCAAGAGCGAGGUUACUUCCUUUUUAAACGAUAAAGUCAAUAGAACCAAAUUUUUGAAGCUCAUGAAUCAGGAUCUCAAAGGUGUCCUACAGGGAUUUGAAUUGAUUCAUAAUCUUCAUGUUGAUUUCGAGCCCUUAACAAUUGAGAAAAAUGUAAUUACUCCAACCAUGAAGAUUAAGCGGCCCAUUGCAGCUAAGCAUUUCGCAGAUAAAUUCAACGACUUGUACUCUGAGGGGUCCCUAAUCAAAUCAAUUGAUACCAAAUUAUGA